UUGCCCUAAUCUAUCAUGCAGUAAACUUACAUAAUGAGAGUCGUGGUGACCGAAGACUUCUAUUAAUAAAAUCGCAUCAUGUAGGCCUUGUCCUGCUCUGUACCACUGCCUGCAGGAAACUGCUACAAGACGAAGGACGAGCGGACGUUUCUCGGCGAGGCUCACCCGGCAAAACUAUGGCGCAAAAUGGUAAAAAUGUCACACUACGAGCGGUCAACAACCUGAAAGGUCAACACUUUCAAAUAAGUGUAAACCUGCCUGACACCCAUUCACAAUUCUUAAUUGACAUGAUGAAAGAGGCGGCGGGGAUUGAACCAGGGUUCGACAGGUUUGUUGUUCGUUACCACGCCAAUCAAAAUGGUUAUUUCGUCCUCGCCAUUCACGGUGUUAAAGCCACCUACGAAGAGGAUCAAACCUUCUGGCGUAUUCUGAGUGGCACUCAACCUAUUAACCUUGGCGUGAGUGCCUACCAGCCGGCUGAUGGUGAAACGGUGACCUUUGAGUUAGUGCGCCAUGAGGGUGGACAGGGUGCACCAGGCAGAGACCCCUGUCACUGAUUCUCCUGCAUUACCUUCAGAAGAUUGACUAGUUGUCAAAAUGUCUCAAGGUUUUGGAAGGCACAUUGUUUGAAGUUUUAGUAGUUUUAUCGUCAUUUUGCUGCUUUAUAGUCAACGUGCACAACUUGAUAAACUUUAUUAUUCAUUCGAAAACUACUUUUUUCCACCCAUCUCGUCUUCAGUCAAGGUGUUUGUUUUUCAACAGUCUUCAUGAGAAAUAACUUUAACAGUUUUAAAGGCCCUAAUGAAAAAUUACUUUUACCGUAUUCGUAUUAGAAUUAUAAUACAAAGAAAAGAGCUUAUCGUCAGAACUCUUGCACCUCUUGUAUGUGUGUUUACUCCUUUUUUUAAUUCUUAUCAAUUAAGUGUAUUUUAAGCUAGUCAAACAAUUAUCAUUUGUAUUUAACCCAUGUUGUGGUAUAUAUUGCACAAAUGUCACUAAAUACAACACAACACACAAGACAGUAUUGAGCAUCUUGCUAAAAAUCAAAUACCGAUCUUGUGAUCGCACCACCUACAGCAAUUACCUCUUUUUUUUCCUUCAUCAGAAGAGCUCUUUGCUGAUAAUGAAAUAAUUUCCAUUUCCAUUUAUUAAUUCUCUGAUGUCAAAGUCACGUGCCAUUAAAUUAAAAGUUUGAUGAGCUACCAAGCUAGAGAAUAAUACAGCAACGGCUGCAACUUUUAGAUACUGUUGAUGAAGGCUUGAAUAUGGAAAACACAGAUUUUAAUCUUUUGUAAUAACUUUUUAAUUUAGAUAGUGACGCAUGCUGUUAACAAUUACUUGCAGUUUUCCUUUUUCCAUCAGUUGUCACAGUUUUUUCUGUCUGUAGUUGUCGGUGUAACAUUAAACAAUCUAUUCUAUGAA